AUGAUGACAGCACCAGUACCAAGAACUUUGGCAAACACUAAAAAUGUCCACCCAUUAGAUGAAGAUAUUACUCCUGAUCCAGUGGUUAUCAAAAUGAGAAAAUUAGAAACAGAGCCUGAAGUUAGUGUCAAAUUUUCAGAUGGUACAAAGGAGUUGUUAGACGUUAUUAUUCAAUAUGAACUUCAUAAGAAGGAUUUAAUAACUAAAAAAGCUGAAACUGAAGAAUUGCAAUUAGAUGCUUCAAAUAAUCAAGAAUCUAUAAUCAAAACACAAGAUGACUUGAUUACCAGAUUCAAAAAUGUAUUCACCGAUUUAAAUACAGUGAUAUCAGACUACAAGGAUGCUAUGGCUAUUCAAAAUGAUAUCAUCAAACAAAAAGAUCAGACUAUUGUUCAUUUCAGGCAGAUUGUGGCCCACCAAAAGAAAUUUAUUAAGGAACAAAAAGAUAUCAAGCUAAACCAAUCACAAAUUUUGUCCGAUAAAGAUCAAGCUGUUCAAUCCAGAGAUGCUACUAUUAAGGAACUCAAUAAAUUGUUAAAGCAAAAAGAUUCUCAGAUCGCUUACUGGAAACAUCAAGAAAAAAUUGAUUAA